UAACCUGAUGCCAACUUUUUCUGCUGGCAUUCAGUUUUAAGUACUACGUACAUUUCUUCCAUUUGCACAUGCUCAUCUUGCUGUUUGAUUCAUACUUUUUAUCCGUUUGUUCAGUUGUGUUUGCUCAUAGAGCUGGUGGAGAGCUGUGCUUAAAGACAGGCUUCUGAGUCACUGUCCUUGCUGCUAAUGUGGCUCAUUUUGAGGUCAGCUGCUUGAUUUUGCAAAAGAAUAUCUCUGCCGUGACCUCAUCAUGUCCGUGUGCGAAAAUUAUGUAUUUUUACUUGAAAUUGUCAGUGUAGCCGUCAGCGUUGGCUAAAUUAAUAACUUCACUUACUGAGGUAAAUUUGUCAGAUGACAGCUCACCCAUAAGGGAUUGGAACUAUGAGAUCAUAAGACAUUGAAGCAGACCAGUGUUAAGAAAUAAGACAUUGUGAAACAAUCACAAAUUUUCCAAAUGUAGAACAAGCUAUACUUAAUAUUGGCUUAACUCAAUAAAAGCAUUAUUAACCAAUAUAUAUUUGGAUGAUGGCAGUGAAUCUGACAUUUAAUAAAUAAAGUAGAUUUUUGAUGUAGUGGGAAAGGCUGUAAUAAAUGUGUAAUGUUGGACUGUUCCACAGGUGCACAGAGGUUUUUAUUGUGUUUUCCUGCAGGCACACUGUGUGCCAAAGCUUGGCUUUUGGGGACCGUGUGUCCUCAAUGCUGAGUGAAUGAUUGUGUGUGUGUGUAUGUAUGCAGUAUUUGUGUGUGUGUGUCUCCACGGGCAUGUGUGUGUGUGUGUGUGUGUCUGCAAUCUGUGUGUGUGCGUGCGUGAGUGUUUGCAGUCUGUGUGUGUGCGUGCGUGAGUGUCUGUCUGCCAUGGGUCUUUGCGAGCGCUUUCCCAUCAUGCCUUGCUCUUCGCUACAGCCUGAGCAGCAGGACUGCUCCGUACACCGUAAGCGGGCCCGCUGGGUUACUCUGGGUGUGCGGCGCUCGCCUGUCUCCAGGCCCGCUGGGUUACUCUGGGUGUGCGGCGCUCGUCUGUCUCCGGGCCCGCUGGGUUACUCUGGGUGUGCGGCGCUCGCCUGUCUCCAGGCCCGCUGGGUUACUCUGGGUGUGCGGCGCUCGCCUGUCUCCAGGCCCGCUGGGUUACUCUGGGUGUGCGGCGCUCGUCUGUCUCCGGGCCCGCUGGGUUACUCUGGGUGUGCGGCGCUCGCCUGUCUCCGGGCCCGCUGGGUUACUCUGGGUGUGCGGCGCUCGCCUGUCUCCGGGCCCGCUGGGUUACUCUGGGUGUGCGGCGCUCGUCUGUCUCCGGGCCCGCUGGGUUACUCUGGGAGUGCGGUGCUCGCCUGUCUCCGGGCCUGCUGGGUUACUCUGGGUGUGCGGCGCUCGCCUGUCUCCAGACCCGCUGGGUUACUCUGGGUGUGCGGCGCUCGUCUGUCUCCAGACCUCCUGGUCCUGGUCUCCUCAGAGUUGCAUGUGGAGAGAAGCCAGAGUGGUGGCUCCACAGAGGAGCUGGGGCCCUGCUGGCUGUCUGCUGGCCCAUAUCUCACGCCAGGCCCGUGCGACUUUGUUUGUUUGUUAUUUUGGCGGUUCUGCAGCGUUCUCCGCCCCCCGCCUGCGGGGCAGGUGGGCCUCUCUGGGCCAGCUCUGGAUUUCGUCUGGGCUGUUUUCCCUGCUUUGUGUUGCUUGCUGCGCAGAUUCGAACGCAUGCGAGUGAACUGGAGCUCGUUAGCGCAGUCCCGCAUAGUGCAUUCCUGCAUGAGUCACAAAGGGACUCGAAGAACACACGCGCACGCACACGCACACGCACACAUGCACAAGCACCUGCAGACACACCCACAGGCACGCACACAUUCAUGCACACACACACGCAACCACGCACACACAUACAAACACUGUUAAUUUAAGUUUCAUUGCAGCAUCCUGCUGAGCUAGCAUAUUGCAUUACUUAAUUUAGGUCUGUUGACUCCCGGAAUGGGGUUCCAUUGAUUGAAAAUUUCACUGUAAAAACAAUCUGGUUUCGUAAAUAUUCCAUUUCAAAGUGUGGUAACUCGCAGUUCUCUCUAUAAACUAUUUUACGAUGCCAAUGUUUUGGCGACAGCAGUCCUUUGUUUUGUGACAAGUGGGGAUGAAAAACAGGCUUGGGGGGGGGCGGGGUCCUUACCUGUGCCUUUUUGGAAAUCCUCAGGCCACAAGAAUCACGGUGAAGUCUGUAUCCUUAUCACGGCAAGUGUCCAGCAAACAAAAUCCAUGGUGGUUUUUAGUCCCAAGAACAUGCCAACUCAAAGAAAUAUCGAUACAAUGUCCAUUAUUUGCUUAGCAAUUCUCUGGAUGAAUUAUCAUUUUUGUCAGUUUCACCUUUGCAUACACUCGUAAGAGUGUAAGAGUGUACCGUGUACAUAGGAAAUGUUACUGUCUCCAGUUUGUAUAGACCCUCUGGAACAAGA